CUUUUGCUUAAGCAUCCUAAUUUUGUCCAAUGGCUUCUCUUCCUUCACCGGCCGCAGCCGCCGCCAGCACCACCACGUCCUCCUCCUCCUUCUCUUCCUCUGCCGCCCUCUCCACCUAUGGCCCGUUCUUCCACAAGCCUAUCCUAGUCUCCCUUCACACGAAACCUAGAAAACCGUCGACAUGGCGAUCGACCAUUUCCUGCAAGGCCUCGAGCAAUGACGACUCUGAACAAACUCCUAUGUCGGCCAGGCUCGACAGGAGGAAUGUGCUCAUUGGCCUCGGCGGAUUCUACGGGGCGGUUGGGCUCGGAUAUGACCCGUUCGCGUUCGCAGCCCCGGUGUCUGCCCCGGACCUUACCAAGUGCGGCAAGGCCGAUUUGCCGGCCGGCGUGAAGGCCACCAAUUGUUGCCCGCCGCCCUCCACCAAGAUCCUAGACUUCAAGCUCCCAUCCUCAAACUCGCCCCUGCGUGUGAGGCCAGCCGCUCAUUUGGCCGAUAAGGACUACAUCGCCAAAUACGCCAAGGCCAUUGAGCUCAUGAAAGCCUUACCAGCCGACGACCCGCGUAGCUUCAUACAACAAGCCAACGUGCAUUGCGCCUAUUGCGAUGGGGCUUAUCACCAAGUCGGGUUUCCGAACCUGGAGCUCCAAGUCCACAACUCUUGGCUAUUCUUCCCAUUCCAUCGUUACUAUCUCUAUUUCUAUGAGAAGAUCUUGGGGAACUUGAUUGGAGACCCGACCUUCGCAUUGCCCUAUUGGAACUGGGAUGCGCCCGCCGGCAUGCAGAUGCCUGCCUUGUUUGCCGACCCGCAAUCGCCGCUCUAUGAUGCAAACCGAAACCCGAAGCAUGCGCCGCCCAUGCUCGUGGAUCUCGACUACAACGGCAAGGACCCGACCACAUCGAACCAGGACCAGUUGUCCAGCAACCUAACCAUCAUGUACAGGCAAAUGGUGUCCAAUGGAAAGUCGGCAAAACUCUUCCUCGGCAGCGCCUAUCGGGCUGGCGAUGAGGCGGACCCAGGAGCCGGGUCGGUGGAGAACACACCGCACGGCCCGGUCCACGUGUGGUGCGGCGACAGCAGGCAGCCCAACCUGGAGGACAUGGGCAACUUCUACUCUGCCGCCCGCGACCCGAUCUUCUUCUCCCACCACUCCAACGUGGACCGCAUGUGGACCCUGUGGAAAACCCUAGGAGGCACGAAGAGGACCGACUUCACGGACCCUGACUGGCUCGAUGCCGCCUUCCUGUUCUACGACGAGAACGCCCAGCCUGUCCGGGUGAAGGUCCGAGAUUGCCUAGACACCACCAACUUAGGUUAUGUGUACCAAGAUGUCGACGUUCCAUGGCUAAAAUCUAAGCCAACCCCACGCAAAAUAGCCAAGAAAGUGGCCAAGGCCUUCGGGAAAGUUGCUCAUGCCGCGGAGAUACCGCGGCCUAUCGUCCAAUUCCCUAUUAAGCUAGACAAUGUCGUGAGCACCCUGGUCAAGAGGCCAAAGCAAAAGCGGAGCAAGAAGGAAAAGGAGGAGGAGGAGGAGGUGUUGGUGAUCGAAGGGAUCGAGUUCGAGAGGGACGCGUUCGUGAAGUUUGACGUCUACAUCAACGACGAGCACGACUCGCUGAGCAGCCCCACCAACACCGAGUUCGCGGGCAGCUUCGUGAAUGUGCCGCACAAGCACAAGCACGGCAAGAAGAUGAAGACCCGCCUGAGGCUCGGGAUCACGGACUUGUUGGAGGACCUGAUGUGCGAGGACGACGAUGAGGUCCUGGUGACUCUGGCCCCGAAGUACGGGAGCGGCAACGUCACUAUCGGCAACAUCAAGAUUGAAUUGUUGGAUUGAAGCCGACGGCGGCGACAGCCCCGGCGUUCUCUUGUGACGCUUCUUCUAUUUAAAGUUUGAAGAUUAGUGGUCAAAUCUUUUUGGUUAACUGACGUAAACUUUUCGUUUUUCUUUCCUAAUGACUUUUCUCUUUUCUCUUAGUCUUUCUGCAUCAUGCGUGUUUGAAUAAUGCACUCGCCGCGUUGCACGUGGCAGGCUCUUGUCAACCCUAAAUGGCUACGAUUCAUUUAAUCUAAAGGCAACGUUGAUAUUUUAUUUGAUCCAUAGA